UGUCUCAAAAGACGGCUGAAAAUUAGUGAAAACUAUUUAUAUUUACACAAAAAACACAAAAUUUAUAUUUCAAGAUUCCCAAAGUCUGUUACGUGGAAGCUCGCGUUGGUUGCACGUGUGUAGAAUUCAGUGAAAUAAAUAAAUUUUUCAUGUAAAUAAAUUUAUAUUAUUAGUUGCCACAGUUUAUAAUUAGUUUUUGUUGCUGUUGAAAAAAAUCAUGGAUGAGGGAUCAACUGGAAGAAUUUUGGCCCAAUUUAAAAGUGAAAAUGGGGAGCUGGUUGGAUCACCAUUUGAUAUGUCACUAGACACUACAGUAGAUAAACUACAAUUAGUCUGCCAAGCUUUCUUACCUGAGGACACAGACAAUGUUUAUUCAUUUUUUAUCAAUGAUUCCGAGGUCACAGGCAGCAUUGGGGAUGUUGUUAACCAAGGUCUUCUUGAAACAGAAAAAAUCAUUGAGAUAAUAUAUCAACCACAAGCAAUCUUUCGUGUUCGAGCUGUGACUCGAUGCACCAGUACUAUUGCAGGUCAUGCUGAAGCUGUAAUUUCUUUGGCAUUUAGCCCUUGUGGAAGGUACCUGUCAAGUGGUUCUGGUGAUACUACUGUUAGAUUUUGGGAUUUAACAACAGAAACACCACAGUUUACGUGCAAAGGUCAUAAACAUUGGGUACUAUGUAUUGCCUGGUCAGGUGAUGGUAAAAAACUGGCGUCUGGAUGUAAAAAUGGUGAAAUCAUUUUGUGGAAACCUGACACAGGAGAGCAGUUUGGGAAAACUUUGAAAGGACACAGGCAAUGGAUCACAGCACUUUGCUGGGAGCCUGUACACAGAAAUCCUGUUUGUCGUUUUUUUGCCAGUAGUUCAAAGGAUUCAACAAUCAAGAUAUGGGACACUACGACUAUGAGAUUAUCAAUGACUCUCUCUGGCCACACACAGUGUGUGACCUGCAUCAAAUGGGGAGGAGAGGGGUUGAUUUAUUCUGCAUCACAAGAUAGAACAAUUAAAGUCUGGAAAGCAGAGGAUGGCAUGUUGUGCAGGACAUUGCAAGGCCAUGGACACUGGGUGAACACAAUGACAUUGAGUACAGAUUAUGCCAUAAGGACUGGAGCAUUUGAUCCUGUACAAAUUGCUAAGGAAGAAAAAUCCAAUAAAGAAGAAAUUAAAUCUACAUCUGAAGAUGAAAUAAAAUCUAGAGCUUUUGAGAGAUACAAGGAAGUUAAGGGAGCAAAAAGAGAGAAACUUGUGUCUGGAUCAGAUGAUUUUACUUUAUUUCUUUGGGAGCCGGAGGAAAAUAAAAAGCCAGUGGCAAGAAUGACAGGACAUCAAGCUUUGAUCAAUGAAGUUCUUUUUUCUCCAGAUGGACGUACAAUUGCCAGCGCUUCAUUUGAUAAAUCAAUCAAACUUUGGGAUGGAAAUACUGGAAAGUUUUUGGCCUCAUUAAGAGGUCAUGUCAGUUCUGUAUACCAGAUUGCCUGGUCUGCUGAUAGUAGACUGUUGGUUAGCGGCAGUUCUGAUAGCACAUUAAAGGUGUGGAAUAUUCAAAGUAGAAAAUUGUUAGAAGAUCUUCCUGGUCAUGCAGAUGAGGUUUAUAGUGUUGAUUGGAGCCCUGAUGGUACUAGAGUUGCAAGUGGUGGUAAAGAUAAGGUUUUAAAAAUAUGGCGUUCGUGAUUGUCGAGAUCUUUUGCUGUUGCGUGCUUUGGUAAGUCAAAGGAUAUAUUGACCUAACAGUCCGUUGAGGGAUACUAUAUGAGUUUAAGGUACAUUACUGUAUGUUUUAUGUCAAAAAAGGAAAACGGUAACCCAGAGUCGUUAAUAUAAGUGACGCCUGUUUUUCGUCAGGAAUUAAUUGCAAAUCCGGCGCCAGUUUAAGAGCAAUAAUUCAGCUUGAUUUGAACAAGUUCCUAACUCCCAAGCUUCAUGUAGCAUAGGAAGAAUAUGCACAACUAGUUUGGAAGUUCUAUAUAGGCAAGUGUUUUAUUGAAAAUGGCAAAAACCCAUCCGGCAUUUUGAAUCAUUCGUAUUCGGAAUCGCUUAAAAAUCUGGUGUAUGUUAACAAUGAAACUCAAGCAUCUGUCAUCUUCAAGUGUUUGUUUAUUUAGCAUUAUGCAUCAAAAUUUUAGAGGAAAACCGCCAAAAAAUGCUCGAGCACAGCGUUCUGCAUGCAUUGCUGUUAGUUGUCUUUAAAAAAUACGGCAAUUAACGGUAAACUCUUAAGAAAAACUAUUUGUUGAGAUUUUUCCCUUUGGCCAAAAAAUCAGGAUGUAGAAAAAAAGUGUUGUUAUUUUUCGACUUGUGUUAUGCAUUGUGUGUUAAUUAAUGUAAACAGAUUGAACAACCUUGCCAAUCAUUUUAAUUGUUAAAUUUGUCCUUUCUUUCUCUCUCAAUUGGAGGUUAAUUAUUCGACACAUGUCGGUAAAAUAUUUAAGAUGCCACACACGGCUGAGGGGAAGUUUACACAAUCUGGCCAGUCACAAUUCAUUUCUCUCAACAGUCGUAACAAACAGAUGCGAAACACGAUCACCACAAACGUUGACUGGUUUUAAACACGAAAUUUGGAGUAUUGAACGCAGUUUUUGUGUGCAAAGUAUUCACAUUAUCUCAGGUAGUUUUGGUGGGAGUUUUGGUUGGGGAAGAUUUCAUUUAUGCGAUAAAUAGUAAUACUUGUUGUGGGAUACUAUGUCACCAGGCACCACCUGGUGUAGUCUAACGUUUUGACAAAUUUACGUCUUAUAAUAGUGAUAAAACAUUAAUGACGAGAGUAUAAUUAGACGAGAGUUAGUUAUAUCCUGUUUCAUACGUGCUGUUCUUGAUAUCAUAGACUUAGACUGGAAAAUUUAAAGAAAAUAAAGGUUUCGAGUUUCCUGUCUCUAAUAUGAGACAGAGAAAGAUAGAGACAGGGAACUCAUCUUACGCGGGAGAGUGGAUGGUAAAAACCCCGUCUAAAUAUGAAUAGGAAUGGAUAAAUUUAUACGCGUGAUGGGUCGGGUAAUGCUAAAAAGAGUAUCGUAAUUGUUACGAUAAAAAUUGUUUGUUGUCUCUUGUUCCGUCCUUGACCGUGUUGAUAUUUCACAAACUGAAUGCGAAUUUAAGACGAAUUUCUCGUCCAGACGGGAUUCCCGUCCAACUUACCCGUCUGUUUAGACGGGAAAGUUAGACGGGAAAAUUCGGACGAGAAACCUGCCUGUGACCGGAUUCACAUUAGACGAGUUUCCCGUCUUAGAUGAGGUUCCCGUCUUAGAUGAGGUUCCCGUCUUAGACGAGUUUCCCGUAUCUGAUCUAAUAUGAAUUCGGCUAUUUUCUUUACAGGAAAAUAAAGAGUCUAAGAUAAACGAACUUCAACUGAAGUUGUCAAGAAGAAGAAGGUGGAAG